GCAGUGGGCGCAUGCGCCUCGCGGGUCACGUUUCAUCCCUGGGAAGCUGGCUUCGGCGACCGUCGCAGCUUGGUUUACGCGUGGUGCAGGCACGCUGCCUGGGUCUGUAAAGGAUGCCAAGUGAAGGGAGUCCCCACUCCUGUCAAACUCAGGAGCAGGAGCGUUUGCAGAGUCUGACUGUCAGAGCUGAUGAAGAAACGCGGAUGGAGCAGGAGCAUGGGGGUGCUGUGGAGGUGGGGGAGCGUCUGCCCUCUCCACCCUCGGCCCAGUCUGACACUGGACCAUCCACCUCUGCCGAGGGCUGCACAUCAGCAGCUGUGAGGAGAGGCCCAGCCCUGCUGCACAUCGACAGACAUCAGAUCCCUGCAGUGGAGCCCAAUGCACAGGCCUUGGAGCUGCAGGGCCUGGGUGUGGACGUCUAUGACCAGGCUGUGUUGGAGCAGGGUGUGCUUCAGCAAGUGGACAGUGCCCUGCAUGAAGCCAGCCGUGUGGCCCAGCUCAUAGAUGCUGAGAAGGAGUAUCAAUCGGUCUUGGAUGACCUCGCGUCAUGUACGACAUCUCUGAGGCAAAUCGAUAAAAUUAUUGAACAGCUCAGCCCUCAAGCUGCCACCAACAGAGACAUCAACAGGAAACUAGAUUCUGUAAAACGACAGAAGUAUAAUAAGGAACAGCAGCUGAAGAAGAUCACUGCAAAGCAGAAACGCCUCCAGGCCAUCCUUGGAGGAGCAGCGGUGAGAGUGGAGCUGGACCACAACAGCCUGAAGGAGGAGGAUGCAGAGCCGGGCCCGUCCUGCCUUGGCAGCAUGCUUAUGCCUGCCCAGGAGACCGCCUGGGAGGAGCUCAUCCGCACCGGCCAGAUGACACCAUUUGGUACCCAAAUCCCUCAGAAAACAGAGAAAAAGCCUAGAAAACUAAUGCUCAAUGAAGCGUCAGGCUUCGAGAAGUAUUUGGCAGAUCAAGCAAAACUGUCUUCUGAAAGGAAGAAACAAGCUGCCAAUAAAAGAGCAUCCAGAAAAGCCCCAGCCUCGGUCAAGUCUGAGCCAAGUGCAAGAUCAAAAGAAAACAAACCAAAGCAGAAAAACAAAGUUCUCUUGAAAACAGACAGGCGCUUGAAGAAGCACAUCAGGAAGCUCCAGAAGAGGGCGCUGCAGUUCCAGGGGAAAGUGGGGCUGCCCAGGGGGAAGAGGUCCCUGGAGGUGGAGGUGAGGCCGCAGGCCGAGGGAGACUCUGAGGGUGACGAGCCCCGAUCCUGCCCCACGGAGGGGGAGGAAGAGGGAGACAGAGAGGAGGUAGGAGCCAGCCUGUCUGGAGAUGGCGCAGACUGUGAGCUGAGGCCUGUGCUCAGGGGCCACAAACACCAGAAGAAAGUCCCAGUGCGGGAGAGUGAUGAUGACUUCUUCCCAAGUUCUGGGGAAGAAACUGAAGCCACAGAAGACAGAGGAAGACCAAGUCGCAAAAUAGUGAGGUGCCGCGAUGAUGGUGAUGGAGAGUAUUAUAAGCAGCGCUUAAGGAGGUGGAAUAAACUUAGACUGCGGGACAAAGAGAAACGUCUGAAGCUUGAAGACGACUCAGAAGAGAGUGAUGCAGAAUUUGAUGAAGGUUUUAAAGUACCAGGUUUUCUGUUCAAAAAGCUCUUUAAGUACCAGCAGACAGGUGUUAGGUGGCUGUGGGAAUUGCACUGCCAGCAGGCAGGAGGAAUUCUGGGAGACGAGAUGGGAUUGGGCAAGACCAUCCAGAUAAUUGCCUUCUUGGCAGGUCUGAGCUACAGCAAGAUCAGGACUCGCGGUUCAAAUUACAGGUUUGAGGGGCUGGGCCCCACUAUGAUUGUCUGCCCAACGACAGUGAUGCAUCAGUGGGUGAAGGAGCUCCACACGUGGUGGCCUCCCUUCAGAGUGGCGAUUCUACACGAAACUGGCUCUUAUACCCACAGAAAGGAGAAACUAAUUCGAGACAUUGCUCAUUGUCAUGGAAUUUUGAUUACUUCUUACUCCUACGUUCGGCUGAUGCAGGAUGACCUUAGCAGGCAUGACUGGCACUAUGUGAUCCUGGAUGAAGGACACAAAAUUCGAAACCCCAACGCUGCCAUCACCCUGGCUUGCAAGCAGUUCCGCACACCUCACCGGAUCAUCUUGUCUGGCUCACCGAUGCAGAACAACCUUCGAGAGCUGUGGUCGCUCUUCGACUUUGUCUUCCCAGGAAAGUUGGGCACCUUGCCCGUGUUCAUGGAACAGUUCUCUGUCCCCAUCACCAUGGGGGGAUACGCAAACGCUUCUCCUGUGCAGGUCAAAACUGCUUACAAGUGCGCAUGUGUCUUACGAGACACCAUAAACCCAUACCUACUGCGGAGAAUGAAGUCAGAUGUCAAGAUGAGCCUUUCUUUGCCAGAUAAAAAUGAACAGGUCUUAUUUUGCCGACUUACAGAUGAACAGCAUAAAGUGUACCAGAAUUUCAUUGAUUCCAAAGAAGUUUACAGGAUUCUCAACGGGGAGAUGCAGAUUUUUUCUGGACUUGUAGCCCUAAGAAAAAUCUGCAACCACCCUGAUCUCUUCUCUGGAGGGCCCAAGAAUCUCGGCAGUCUUCCUGAUAAUGAACUUGAAGAAGAUCAGUUUGGAUACUGGAAGCGUUCUGGGAAGAUGAUUGUUGUUGAGUCUUUGUUGAAAAUAUGGCACAAACAGGGUCAACGAGUGCUACUGUUUUCUCAGUCGAGACAGAUGCUGCAUAUCCUUGAAGUGUUCCUGAGAGCCCAGAGAUACUCCUACCUCAAGAUGGAUGGCAGCACUACCAUCGCCUCACGACAGCCACUGAUCGCAAGAUACAAUGAGGAUGCAUCCAUCUUCGUGUUUCUUCUGACCACGCGGGUGGGUGGCAUAGGCGUCAACCUGACUGGGGCCAACAGAGUAAUCAUCUACGACCCUGACUGGAACCCGAGCACUGAUACGCAGGCCCGGGAGCGAGCCUGGAGGAUAGGCCAGAAGAGGCAGGUGACUGUAUAUCGGCUCUUGACGGCUGGCACCAUUGAGGAAAAGAUUUACCACCGACAAAUCUUCAAGCAGUUUUUGACAAACAGAGUGCUAAAAGAUCCAAAGCAAAGGCGCUUCUUCAAAUCCAACGACCUUUAUGAGCUAUUUACUCUCACCAGCCCUGAUGCAUCCCAGAGCACUGAAACAAGUGCUAUUUUUGCAGGAACUGGUUCAGAUGUUCCAACACCCAAACGCCAUUUGAAAAGGAAAAUUCUGCCAGCCUUUGGCACAGACCACGAUGUUCCAAAAUGCAAGAAGUUCCCAGAUUCUAACACACUUGCAAAUGUGACCGCAUCAGCUGAAGAUAAAUCUAAGGCAGCAGGGCCUGAAGUAACUUCCAGUGCAGGUAGCCCUUUGAAGGGUGACCCCAAGCCAGGUGGCAGGGUGACUGUUGGUGAUGGGGUUAGAGAAGAGACAAGUGCAGUGUCUGGACCAGAGGAGCCACCAGUGACCAGUGGAAAUGGGAACUGCUCCAAUUCCCCACAAAUUGGAAGAGCCCCCGGGCCAUCUGGCGAGGAAAGCGCUGCUGCAAAGCAGGGCCCUUCUUGUGAUGGAGACAGCAGCCAGGUUCCAGCAGAACCUCCCUGGGAGAAUGGUCAGGUGAGAAGUCCUUCCUGUAAGCACAAGUCAAAAACAAAGCAUCAGGGUGUGGUGGAAGAGGGAGACCUGGAGAAGCAGCAGAAGCCUGAGAGCACCAAGCACUGCAGAGACGCCAAGUUUGAGGGCACAAGAGUGCCACACCUGGUGAAGAGGAGGCGGUACCACAGGCACGACACAGAUCCCGAGACGGAAGCCAGGGCCCGCAGUGGUGAUGACUAUGUUCUAGAAAAGCUUUUCAAGAAGUCAGUGGGUGUGCACAGUGUGGUGAAGCACGAUGCCAUCAUGGACGGUGCCAACCCAGACUACGUGCUUGUGGAGGCGGAAGCUAACCGAGUGGCGCAGGAUGCCUUGAAAGCCCUACGGUUGUCUCGUCAGCAGUGUCUGGGAGCCCUGUCUGGUGUUCCCACCUGGACCGGCCACAGGGGCACUGGAGUGAAGAGUAGAUUUGGUCAGAAAAGGAACUCUAACCUCUCUGUGCAGUGUACUUCGUCGUCGUCAUCAACAGAAAAAUGCCAGGACGGUGUGGUGAAAAGGGAAGGAAAAGAGCGCGCGUCUGAGCACUUCAGUGGAAAAGCAGAGGACACGGACUCUUCCUCUGGCGCCCCCACCUCCUCCUCCCUCUUGGCCAGGAUGAGAGCAAGAAACCACCUGAUCCUGCCCGAGCGCUUGGAGAGUGAAAACGGGCACAUACCAGAGGUGUCUGCGCCGCCGCCCCACACCACCGAGCAUGAUGACCUGCUGGUGGAGAUGAGGAACUUCAUUGCCUUCCAGGCCCGCGUGGACGGUCAGGCCAGCACCCGUGAGAUCCUGCAGGAGUUCGAGUCCAAGCUGUCCGCAGCACAGUCCUGUGUCUUCCGGGAGCUGCUGAGGAACCUGUGCACCUUUCACAGGACGCCCAGCGGGGAGGGGGUGUGGAGACUCAAGCCGGAGUACUGUUGAGCCCAGCGUCCUCCCUGUCACUCGCAGCACGGGCUUCUGAGCCUGCCUGUGCUUGCAACCUGCUCUUCCUUCACUCGGCAUCUACCUCGUGACCAGAACUGAGGAAGGGGACUCUUUUCCUCAGGCUGAAAAGUCCUAAUAAUGCUGACUACAGAAAGUACUGGGCUUGGGGGUGGGACUAGAAAUUAUGUUAUAAAAUCAGGGACCUAGCAGUUGCUCCUUGCAGCACAUUUGUUCCUUUGCCCAAAAGUGGCUCUCUGGAAGCGCCUUGUGGUCCUGGAGAAGUUUGUGGGCAGGUGUCUGUUUUCUUAUUGGUGCUAGAAACAUGACUUCCAUUCAGUUGACCUGUUCAGUGCAUUAGGCCAUCAAUAUUUGACAGCAGCAGUAUUUUGCUGCAUAACUUUUAAAUGCUUAAAUUUACCAUUUGUCACCCAAAAAAGAUCAGGUUUGUUUUCUUACAAAACGAUUGCCUUUAUAAACAGUCUCCUUUUAAGCUACUAUUACGUUGACAGGUUUUUAAAUUUUCACUUUCGGUGCUGAGGGUUGAGAGCAGGACCUCACACACGAGUGCAGGCUCUGCCCCUGGGCUGCCCGUCCUGCUGCAGGUGUUUCCAGGAGUAAAGCAGGAAGUAACUUUUUAAUAAAUACCAAGAUGUCUGUCUGGAGAAAGUCAUGUGGUCAGUUUGUCCUGGCAAUACUUUAAGCAAAAAGUGUCCUUUCCCCUCCUACAGUAACUGUUGGUUUUGGGGAAGUUGAAAUGUGUUACCAAGUUUUAAAAAUUAAAUGAAAAAUCUAAGCAGAACCACUAGUAAGUGCACCAGGCAACGUGUGCCCGCCCAGGAGUGUCCCUACAGACCACAGCCAGGGCCCUGGCCUGUCCCUGUGUGGCAGGCAUCCCGUGCACUUGGCCUGCACAUGUGCUCCCCUGUGGUGGAGCCGGUGCCUUCAUACUUCAAUGCUGUUUGGUGGUGGCUUCUCCUCUGUCUGGCUGCAGUCACCACCCCAUCUUCCCCUGUGCUAUGACUCUCCUACUUGAGUGGUUUGCUUUUCACUUCAGUUUGUUGUACCUGGAUUUAUGGAUCUCUGGCAGUGCAGCUUUACUUCUAUCCCUCAGCUUUGUUUCUUAGCAUUUCAGCUAAUAUACGUAUUUGGGGAGGAAAAUUAUAUUACUUUCUUCACUUUACCAUAGAAGGGAUUACUAAGGUCAGUAAGUCCCAACUUUCAGUACCUGGCUCAGAGGAAGUCGAAACUCAUGGCUGGUUCGCUUCUGGGGGGCUCUCCAUUAUUUUUAUGUUUAUAAUACUUAGCCUGUAGAAACAUUGUGUCCCUUUGUUCUGAAGACUUCCUAUUUGUAGUGUCAGAAGUUUAAAUCAUACUGAGCUAGAGAAGGUGUAGCCUUGUCUUCAACUAAAAAUAUCUAUCACAAGUUGCAGUGCAUUGAGCGUGAGGCUGUCUCCGUGCAGCUGUGCCCUGUGCCCUGAUUUCUGGGGGUUGUGUCAGGCUGGACAUCUCUGAACACAUUCCCAUGCUCCUGGUGGAUGGACAGGGAGCACAGUGCUCUAUGCAAGUGGUUUUGACAAGACAGAGUAACUUAUUUAGAUAAAACCUAACUUUUAGAACAUUAAAUUCUUUGUGCAAUAUAAAUAUAUUUAAUGUGUAUAUCAAUAUGAAUAAAAGAUUUAAAAUUUUUGUCAGAUUUUUUUUAAUUAGUUACUACACAAGUGUGCAAGGGGUGAUAAGAAUAUACAGUGAAUGUCAGCCUUCUUGGAUUGGUAGCCAAUGGUAGCCAUGCAGCAAAUUCCUAAGUGGGGUGAUACAGCACUUCCACAUGGGGUCAUGUGUGACUACUGGGCUGUGCUCCACCCUGGACAGCCCCUGCUUGCUGGGUGGAGCGCCCCAGGACCUUAAGCCUGCCCUGGCAUUGCAGCACAUGGUGGACCAGAAGAUGGAGGGAAGGCUUGCCAGGCUUGGACUGUUGUCUUUGACCUGUUACUGUAGAGUAAAAUGUUGCUGACUUGUUUAAGCCACUAGCUUUUGGAGCUUCUUUAUUUAGGUAAUUUGCUUAGGUAAUUGACACUGGUGUGUUUUUUUAGGUAAUGGAUACUAGUGAUUAGACCCUCUGUAUUGUGCCUAACGUUACCUGUAAGACAUCUUUUCAUUCCUCUAAGAAAGCUCUGCUUUCAUGAAAGUGCUGGAUUACAGAUGA